AUGUAGGUUAUUCGUAAGCACUUGGCUCAAAAGGGUUUAUUCAACCCCUUCUUGUUCAACCGUUUUUCUACUCAACAAGAUAUUACUAGUGUCCCCGGUGACAAGCCCCCUGCCAUUGAAGAUAGCAUUCACGGUAAAUAUGCUGGUGUCUUGUUCUCCAGUGCUUCUUCCAAUAAGUCUUUAAACAAAGUUGCUGAAGAUAUGAAAUACUUUAAUCAAUUAUACAAGGAAAGUGAAGUCUUCAAGAGUUUCUUAAAUAACGUUUCCCUUAAGAGAAACCAAUAAAGAGAUAUUAUUUCUGCUUUGGGCAAGACUAAUUUCAACCCUGCUACUAACAACUUGUUAGAAACCUUGAUUGAAAACAAGAGAUUAGAUUCUCUUCCCAAGAUUGCUGAAAAAUAUAUGGAUUACUACAGAAUUUUGAACAAGUAAGAAUCUAUCACUAUUAUUUCUGCCUAAGAAUUAACUGCUGCUGAAAAGUAAAAGGUUGAAUAAGGUUUGAAGAAGGGUAACGCCAAUGUUUAAUUCACAGUUGUCUAUCAAGUCGACCCUGCUAUUUUGGGUGGUCUUCAAAUGUACUCUGGUAACAACUUCUUGGAUUGCUCUCUUCUUUCUCGUGUUAACAAACUUAAGACCGAAAUCGCUAAGAUCUCUUUCUGA